AUGUAUCAAAACACCCAACAGAACCCGGCGCGGUCCUUCCAGGUCCCGCCGCCGCCCCCGCCGAUGUCGCCGCCCGUCGCUGGUCAAACUGGCCAACUUAAUACCAUGAUGAAUCUCCCUCCUCCGCCACCUAGGUACCCAAGUGCACCCUCUGCGACCGGCAAUGUCUUGUUACCACCACCACCUGGCCCACCACCGAACAGCGCUUUGGGACCUCAACCCCCUUGGCAGUGGGGCCGCACAUACAGUGGACAGCCCAGCUUCAACAUUCCCCCUCCACCGGCAGGUGGACCAGUACCAGCAUACAAUCCAAAACUCCAUUCUCAGGCCUCUAAUGGGACCUUGUCAAUGCCUCCCCCUCCUCCACCUGCCAACGAACACAUGUCCGGGACAUAUAGGCCUGGAAAUGAUUCAAGCGAAGCGAUGGUAUCAGCAACAUAUAUACCAGGUGGUGAUACGUACGGUGAAGGUGUUGGAAUACCUGGUUUUUUCCCCGAGGAUACGACGCCAACUCCACAAUCUUCCCGGCCCAGUCACACAAGCAGCGCAAAUACUACAAAUAAUACCCUCUCAGCCGACGAUCCCUACCGUGGAAUGCUGUAUGCAAAUGCCAAUGCUUUCAAUAGCAGAAUGCUGUCAACGACUUCGACCGCUUCAGCCGCGACAGUUGGGAGCUUUGAGAUCCCACCCGACCUACCUGGUAAAUGGCCUCUAGAUAAUGUGUUGCUGUGGUUGGCAGCGAAUCAUUUCUCCCAUGAAUGGCAAGAGACUUUUAAGAACCUCAACAUUCAUGGAGCACAGUUCCUGGAACUCGGUAGUCAGAAAGGAGGCCGAGGAAAUUUUGGCAUGAUGCAUCAGCUUGUAUAUCCAAGAUUGAUCACAGAAUGCAUCAUUAGCAAAGUCAACUGGGAUCAACUCCGAGAGAGGGAAGAGGGCAAACGAAUGCGUCGUCUAAUUCGGAGCAUAGUCACCGGAAAACCAUUCGAUGGUACCAAAACGCUACCCGCUCAUGCCAGCAAGGAAUCUCUCAGCGGUGCCUAUACACAGGGGGUUGGCACCGAUGUAGAAUCCCCGAAUACCCCUGUGAAGGCUGGCUCAAGUUCCAGGGGAUUUUCCCAGUCACGAUCUACAACUAUGCCGACUCUAAGCAACACGAUGAGCUCAGACUCCAACCACCGUUCUAUAUUGAAAAACAUUGAUAUUGAUAGCAGUCGUAGGCUUAGCCCAAAUUUAAGCGACCAUGGAGACGGUAACUACCGAUCUGCGCUACGGAGUGAUAGUCCCGGGUCAAGUCCGAAAUUUCCAACCGGUUUCCAACCUCAACCGUCCUCAGGGAAUCUAUCCCCCUCCCAUAGAUUCCACCACAAAUCUCGAAACAGUACCGACUCAGUUUCAUCUAAUAUGGCGCAUUACGGCUCUGGCGUGCCACCUGAAGUCGGCCAAAUUCUGCGGAAUGGCAUGAGCGGGAUUGGUGACAUGAUAAAUGCGAGCCGUGGAGGUCGAUACAACGGUGAUGGGAAACAUUCUGGAUCCACGGAAAGGCCUGGCUCGGCCGAGCCAUCUUCAGCAAAGGAUAACAAGAGCUUCCUUGGCUUUUUGAAGUGGAAAAAUAAGCAGAGAGAGGACGGGUCAUUCCCUUCCCCUGAAGAUGGGGAGUCGCCUACAAGCCCUAACCUACUAAGACCCCGAUUUGGAACACCACCACCAGAGGCAGUUCCCGAUUCAGCUCCGACGUUCAGGCGCAACAGAAACUCUCCAAGAGUAUUUGUCCUUGUUACAUUAGACGGGUGGAAUUAUCGAUUGUGCGACGUUACCGAUUGUGACACGGCUACUGAUUUACGCACUUGUUUCUGUAUGAAUCUAGGACUUCCGGAUCCUAAGGGGUUUGAGGUAUUCUUAACCGAGCUAGGACGCGACUCUCACGAGGAGGCACUGGAAGACCAAAGCUUAUGGAUACAUAAACGUAAUAAGGGCGAUGCUCACGGCUCUCUAAAGUUUUUCAUUAGGUUAGGCGGGCCCAGUGACGGUACUCGUGACAGCACCCGUGCUGCGCCUGGUUAUCUAGCUCCCAAUUCGAAUUUGAACGAAGACGCCUACGCUCACCUCAAUGGCCGUUCAAGAUCAAGUUCAUCCCCUCCUACUUCAAGAAAUAACACUAUUUCAGCCGGCUCGGAGCCAAAUAACCCCGACUUAGCUGUGAAAGCGAGCGAGUACCGUGCCAAAGUCGAAAGGCAACAAGCAGCAUACCUCGCCAAACGAAGACAAGCUAACAAGGAUUCUUCACCGCUAGAGAUCUCCCCUCAAGCUGGAAUUGUCGGUCGUAAUGUGGACUUCGACCAUCCACGCGUCUCGCCAUUCGAGGAAAAGAGGCCAGACAACCUUUUCCCACAAAGAAAAGCACCUGCGCCCCCAGGCGUAGAAACCGCUACUCUGAUCAAGGCUAACUCAUUGAGCAAAAAAACGGGUCACAGUAUGCGGCAGUCUCAGGGUAGUCUAGAUGGGUUCCCCAGUCCUAGGCGGCCGACUACUUCAGCAAAUGAAACGGCUCAUAAUACCGUUCAAAACACUGUCCCUACCCCGGCCCCGGCCCCGAUCCCGGUCCCGGUCUCGAAGCAGACCGCUGAACCUGCUUCUCCGCCGGCUGGUUCGGCGCUCGGUGCUUUGGUCAACAUGGGAAGUGCCUGGGGUCGACUGGCUCGACCAUCAGCAAUCCAGCAGCCACAACGCCCGGUCUCGCCUAAUCGGAGCAUCUCAGGACCUCCAGCCGGAGCGGAUAUCGUAGAACAAAGAGAAAGAGGUAAGGGAGCAAUGGCAAGCGUCAAUUUUGGCACGACCGCCUCGGGUCGCAGUAGUUCUCGGUCAAGGUCUGGCUCACCCGGUUCCCUAACGUGGAGCCGUGGCGACGUGCCUUUUCUUGUACCAGACUACUCACCCGGUGGCACCCCACUCCUCGGCAACCGCGGAAAAUCCCAGCUUGAUCCAAAUACUAAACUACGUGAAAUAGCACUACGAACGCCAUCCCCCGGUGACCUUAGCCCAAGCACGGCCCACCCGAGACCUCCUCCACCGCCCCCUGCUCCAGGACCCGCCGCCGCCGAACAAGGAGAUUCCACGACCAACCGCCGUAAAUCUCACGGACCUGAUGUGGAUUUCACCGAGACGGAUGUGCAGUUCGCCAAUCCCGCUGCAUCUACUACCAAGCCAAUGGAUGACGACUCCGGUGACGAUUCCGACGAUGGUCUAUUUGCUAUUCCAAUGAGGGGACGGCAACCGUCGAAGAAGGAAGUGCGGAAGCAGCCGAGCCGUAACGAGACAAGUAUCCUUGAUAGCGACUCGGAAUCAAGCGAGAGUAGGAAACCAAGCUUGAGAGUGAAGACAUCAAGAUCCAAGAAGGGUCUGUCUGUGUCAUUCGAUUCUCCACCUGGCACCGCCAACACGCCUGAUAUGGAGGAGGACGACAGUAGUAUCCGGAGCGGGCGUGAUUCUCAUCGUCGCACGCCAGGUACUCCCGGUUCAGAACAGUGGCAAUCAGAUGAUAGCAAAAUCAACCGCCGAAAGUCCUUCGUUGACCGUGGCGUAUGGGCUAACCGUCCACCGCCGGAGGCUUUGCUUAGCAACCUUGACGCCUUCUUCCCCGAGCUCGACCUUGAUCAACCUGUGCUUGACGAAGCUGAACUUCCCGUGUCGCCCAUUACGGAGCAAGAAGAGCACCUUCCAGUCGAAAGCAUCAAAACAAAUAAUACAUCAAAUGAUGCAUCUUCCAUAUCUUUAGAAACUCUCACGCCUGCCGCUGAAACUUCCACCACAAGGUCUUCGAUAUAUGAGAGCGAUACUCUCGGCUCUGACGAGUCAACCCUCAAGGCUCUUGAGCGCCCGCCUUCGAUUGCCUCGGUCGUGUCGCGUAACCUCCAGCGUUCUAGUGGGCUCGGUCGCAUGAAGUCAAUUCGAGAAGUAGCGCGUGGUGCCCACGAAGCGAAUAAGCGCUUCACGACAUCUUCAGCUACUUCUGCGGGCACGGCCUCGUCCAUGAUCCAACGCCGCAAGAGUACGAAGAUGUUUGGCGCUAACGUCGUGCAAAUCCGCCCCGAACGCGGCUCCAUGGUUGUGCCCCAGAUCCCGCAAGAUGUUCUCCCGAGGCGACAGACCACUUUCCGAUGGUUCAAAGGUGAGCUCAUUGGAAAAGGUACUUACGGCCGUGUAUAUCUAGGUAUGAAUGCGACAACUGGUGAAUUCUUGGCCGUGAAGGAAGUUGAAGUCAACCCCAAGGCCGCAGGUGGUGAUAAGAACAAGAUGAAGGAGCUACUCAAAGCCCUAGAUCAAGAAAUCGAUACUAUGCAGAACUUAGACCACGUCAAUAUCGUCCAAUAUCUCGGAUGCGAAAGGAAAGAGACGAGCAUCAGCAUCUUCCUCGAGUAUAUAUCCGGUGGCAGUAUUGGGUCAUGCCUACGAAAACACGGGAAGUUCGAAGAAUCGGUGGUAAGCUCCUUAACGCGACAGGCGCUCUCGGGUCUUGCGUACCUACACCGCGAAGGCAUCCUACACAGAGACCUGAAAGCAGACAACAUAUUGCUAGAUGUCGAUGGCACGUGCAAAAUUUCCGAUUUUGGCAUCAGCAAGAAGACGGACAACAUCUACGGUAAUGACAAGACCAACUCGAUGCAGGGUUCCGUGUUCUGGAUGGCGCCCGAGGUGAUCCGAUCCCAGGGAGAAGGGUACAGUGCCAAGGUCGAUAUUUGGAGUUUGGGAUGUGUCGUUUUGGAAAUGUUUGCGGGUCGGAGGCCCUGGAGUAAAGAAGAAGCUGUCGGCGCCAUCUACAAGAUUGCCAACGGCGAAACCCCACCAAUCGCGGACGACGUACGCGAUGCCAUAACUCCCUAUGCUUUAGGGUUCAUGCUGGAUUGCUUUACUGUUGAUCCUAGGGACCGCCCAACGGCCGAACAUUUACUACGACAGCACGAAUUCUGCGAGCUCGAUGCCGACUACAACUUUUUAGAUACAGAGCUCUACGCCAAGAUUAAGGGGUACUUCCCAGUCAAUGGGAGACUUGGAUAA